CGACGGAUUCUCGAAGGCGACAGCUGACUUGUCCUUGUGUGAAUGGGAGCCAGAAAACCUUGAGAACUUCCAACCAAGCAGUGGUUUCUUCCUCGACGCGGACAUGGCACAAGAGAAAAUGGAACUAGACUUGGAGCUGCUGUCGAGUUCAACCACCAAAGAUGACAUGCUGAGAAGAUCCAACAGCGCCCCUUUGAUCAGUGGGCUUGGUGAUAACUCACAGGUGUUCCAAGCUGACAUAGUAACUCCAAGAAAUGACCCAACGCUUAUGACACAACAUUGUCUGGUCAAUACAAUGCCAUUGAAGAGUUCCAGGUCUGUGAUUGACAUGACCACAUUUUCAUCUUCAAAAGAUUAUCCUGGCUGCAAAGGGUUUUUACCACCUUCUCCCAUCCCCAUCCGUGCUUCCUUUGGUCGCCUUCAUCAAAUCAAACAGGAGGAAGGCAUGAACUUAAUGACUAGAGAAGCAAUGCAUGAAUGGGAAGUACAAACCGCACUACGGAUAAGUCGGUCUUGGGAAGAGAGUUUGAGCCUGAGUGACAGUAAUUUAGAGAAACCAUCUUCAAAAAGCAUCGAUUUAAUUCCAGUAUCCCCAGCAGCUCCUCCCACCCAGGGGAUUGGGAAGCAAUGUUUUCCUCCAUCGUUACAAACUUGUGUGAAUUACACCACUUUGCCUCCAAGUUCCGUUCCUAGUCCCACUCAACGAUUUCCAAUAGGAAGUCAAAACCCCACCAACAUUAUUAGACCAAGUAUCUGUGGACCAUUAAAAAGAAAAGGUGAAAUGAUAUUUGAAGAUCAGCCAAAGAAACUUUUCCAAGGCACUACCAGCAUGAUUUCUUCCGAUACUACUCAACAGUCUGAUACGAAUGAGUAGGAGAAGAAUUGGCCUAGUCAGAUAUAGAAUCUUCCCAGUCUGCUCAAGGCUUUGCCAACCAAAGAGCCUCCAUCAGACACAUCAGAUCUAUAAAAUAAAAAAGAGGGCACCUUCAUUCUCUGACGUUGUUUUCCGCCAGUGAUGAAAAGGAAAAGUUUCUCCUUAAGUCUGUAGUUCUAAUUCUCAAUAGUUACGGUGUUUGGGGGUGGGAACAUGUGGGGAGGGUUCUCUGAAAAAGAAAAAUGGGAUAAAUUAAAAGCUUUGUGGUUACUUAAAAGAAAUGUCUGAGGGACACCUGGGUGGCUCAGUGGG